GCAGCAGUGAGCUCCAGAUCAGUCAGUCUCUCUGAGCUCCUGCGCCGUAGUCAUCAUCACCAUGGCUAGGGAAGAAGAGCUCAAGAGGAUUGAUCUGAAGGUGAACGUGAGUUGCUGCGAGGGGUGCAGGAGGAAGGUGAUGAAGGCGAUGAGCCUGAAAGGCGUGCUGAGGACGGAGAUCCAGCCGUCGCACGACAGGGUGACCGUCGUCGGCGACGUGGACGUUAAGGUACUCGUCAAGAAGCUAGCCAAGAUCGGCAAGAUCGCUGAGGUGCUGGCGCCGACUUCCGAGGAAGGCAAGAAGCGAGAUGACGGCGGCAAGAAGGACAGCGACAAGCCGGCACCGUUGGAGGAGAAGAGAAAAGGCAAGGACGAUGGCAAGAGCACGGACGACAAGGCGGCGGCGGCGUGCAAGCAGGAAUGCAAGAAAUGCGCGCACGAAGCCGCACGCGCCGAUGACGCCUCUGACCACGCCAACGGGAAGGCGUCGUCCAAGGAUGCCACGGCCAACGGCAAGAGCGCAGAGGAAGGCGAGGGCGCCAAAUCCUUGGUGCCUGAUCACGCGGCGUCGCAGCAGCACCACUACCACCGCGCGGAGCCCGCCAUGGUGGUGCCGGUGCACGUGCCGUACUACGGCUACUACGCGACGCCGCCUCCCCCGCCGAUGGCCAUGCCAAUGCUGAUGGUCCCGCGGUCCCAGCAGCUCCGGCCGCAGCCGUCCCGCUUCGACGAGGACUUCUUCAACGACGACAACACGAUCGGCUGCCGCGUCAUGUGAACUUGCGUUGAUCACGUGACCGACCAUGGACGCCAUUCCGGCGCCGGCGCCUCCUCCUGCCUGCCGUAGUGCGGUGCCAUACUGCCAUGUAUCACCAUUUCAUUCUCUCGAGCAAAUCACAUCACAUCGCAGUGUACAAUUCUUUCUCCUGUG